AUGGAUCCGCAAACUAUCAGCGAAAUAAAGGUCGUUGGAGAAUCUGGGGUGGUGAGCAAGGCAGGCAGCAGCAGCAAUAAUGGCCAAGAACUGGAGGGCUGGACUGAGGCUACCACCGCCCGUCAACUGCACCGAACCUUUAAAGCUCGCCAUGUUCAGAUGAUUUGCCUGGGGGGCUGUCUUGGCAGCGGCAUCUUCAUCGGUACUGGAAAGGCGCUUCACUAUGGUGGAGCGCCGGCUAUUAUCAUUGGCUAUGGUCUCAUCUGUUCCAUGGCUUUGGCCGUAAUGAAUGUCUUGACGGAGCAUGUCUGUUUGUUUCCUACCACUGGGAGCUUUAUUGACCAUGCCGCGCGGUUUGUCGACCCAGCUCUGGGAUUUGCCAUCGGUUUCUGUGAAUGGUUUGCUUGGAUGACUGUGGUGGCUAGUGAAGGUGUCAUUGUUCGUGUUGUCCUCAUGUACUGGACAACGUCCAUACCAACCGCCGCAUGCAUGGCCAUGUACCUCUUCGUCGUUUUCUUCGUCCACUGCUUCCCCAGCAGGUGGUUCGGCGAGUUCGAGUUUUACACUGCUGCCGUGAAAAUAACCGCCAUGUUCAUCAUGCUGUUCGCCUGCAUCGCUAUGAUUGCUGGGGCCGGGCCGACCGGAUCAACUGAUCACGGCGACAACUACACCAAGCUUCCCGUUUUCCCGAACGGCUUCAAAGGCGUUGCCCAAACGUUCCUGCUUGCCGUAUGGGCUACUGGCGGACAGGAGAUCAUGGGUAUCACCGCCGGAGAGGCCCAGCGGCCACGUUGGGACAUGCCCCGUGCGUGUAAAAACCUUUUCAUGCGCAUCAUCGUCUUCUACGGAGCAUCGACCAUCUUCCUUGGCAUCCUUGUCCCGUACAACAAUCCACGACUUCUGGCUACAGGCACGGUGGCUGCGUCUCCUUUUGCUAUUGCCCUUGUUAACGCGGGUAUCAGGGUCCUACCCGACAUUCUCAAUGCCAUCAUUAUCCUCGGCCUCGUCACUCUCGGUGUGGAGUCCGUAUACGUGUCGUCCAGAGUGAUGACGGCUAUGUCUACCAUGGGCAUGAUCCCGCGUGUAUUCAGCCGACUAGACCGACAGGGCCGGCCGUACUGGUCCCUCCUGUUUACUGCGGCAUGGUCUACCACCAUGACAUUUAUCAACUGCUCCAAUACUGGAGCAGUCAUCUUUACUUGGUUUAGCUCCAUCGCAGCAACAAUCUACGUGCUGGCGUGGAUGUUCAUUGCAAUCACAAACUGGCGAUUACGAAAAGCCAUCCAAGUGCAGAAUGAUUCAGCCUGGAAGCUGCCAUACGCUUUCAAGCUCUCUGCGUACCCGGCGACAUCCGUAUACCUGUUCCACACAUCGCUAUUCGUCCUUCUAAGCACCGGGUACGUAAGUCUAUUUCCAAUCGGUGUGCCUACUAGCCCUACCGUGUUUUUCGAGACGUUUCUUGGCGUACCAAUCUUCCUUGCCGUGUACUUGAGUUAUAAGGUCAUAUGUCGCACCAAGUUUGUGAAUCCUGCAAAGGCAGAUUUGCAGACUGGCCGCCGACCCUUGACGGAAGAUGAUAUUCUUUUCUUGGAUUCCUACUAUUCUAAGCCUGCGUGGAGAAGGAGCGAUAUUGUUGUUGUAGGGGCAAGAAGACACAAUGUUCAGAAGUGA